AUGAAUCAAGAAUCAGAUUCUGGUAAUACAUCAUUUCUAGAUAUAAAUUGGUCAUUACAUUCAAAUGAUGAUCUAUUAUUAUUCCCACCAACAACAACACCCAAUACUCAAGAUAAAGUAGAUGAUAUCAAUAUAAUCAAUAAUAGUAAUAACAGUAAUAAUGAAACUUUAUCACAAAUUAGAAAGUUAUAUAAUGAAAUGUAUUCACAUUUUAUAAAUAUUCAAGGAUUAGUGAUUCAAGGAGGAGAAGAAUUUAUAUCAGAGGAAAGAGUAAGAGAGAUUGUAUCAAUCUCUAAUCGUUAUCAAUCUGUUAUAUUAUCGACAAGAGAUCAAAUUCAAAAAGCAUUGGCAACAGGUCAUUAUUUGGAUUAUGAUGAUGCCGACACUCAUCACAAUCCCUACGACAAUGAUCUAAAGACCAAGGAAAGAUCAAGAAUCUCUCAAAUCAUGGAAGAUGCCUAUCAAAAGAACUUUUCAUUAAUUAUCUUUUGUGGUCACGUCGAUUCAAUCUAUCCUUCUCUUUGUUUUGAUCUAUCCAAACAAAUUGGUAUUCAAUGUAAAUUAAUUACUAGAAAUUCAAACAUCUUUAAACAUCAAUCACAAAAUCAAUCUCAAAUUGAUAAAUUUAAUAAUGAUCAAAACAAAAUGAAAAAUAAUUUAAUAAUAUUAAAUAGAAAAGAAUAUUCAAAGAGAAUUGAAUAUAUUGAAAAUAAUAUAAAUGAUUUGGAAAAUCCAAUUUUUAUUGAUUGUGAUUUAAUCUUUUCAAAAUAUAAACAAGAAAUUGAAAAUUUAAAUAUAAUAUCAAUGAUAUUAAAGAUUACACAUUUAUUUUAUUUCUCACCAACUAUAUCACCACAUCAAUUAUUGGAUUGUUUGAAACAACAACAAGAUCAAGGAGUGAUUGAACAAUUUGAAGAAUUGUUGCAGGAUAUUGGAUCGGUUGAACAGGAUCAAGUACUAUCAUUUGUAUCUCAAAUGUUGUGUCAUGGUUUGAUUGAUGAAUCGAUUCAUCUGCUGAAUCUACUUUCUCGACUACCCAAAUCAAGUUCUUCAAUUCAUCUCAAAUCGACCAUGUCCAACAAUGCAAAUCUUAGACGUUCACCAAUUGGAGUGAUGAUUGAUCUUUUACAACGUAUACCAAUACGUAGAAAGACAAACUUCACCAAUGAAUACAUUCAACUUUGGCAACAGUGGCAUCAAGAGGUUGGUCAAAUUGCAUCGAGUGGUUUGAUGGAAUCUAGUGGUGGUAAUGGAUUAAAAGAAAUGAUUGAUCUACUCAAUGGUGAUGAAAAGAUAUUAAGCAAGUACAAUAAUAAUAGUGGUCAAACUGCUUACUUGCAGUCGGUAGUAACUCAUCUACUCUAUGUUGAACAUGUAUCUUCACCACAACAAAUCCGUCAACUCUUCCUCCACUAUUACACCAAAUUCAAGUCAGCGUCACUCAUUGAUCGAAUCAUCAAAUCAUUGGCUGCACCUGAUCAACUUCAAGUGGCACUCGAGGAAAUGGCCAAACAUUUGCCAUCGUGGUUGGUUGUCCAUGUCACCGAUCUAUUGGUACACCAUCCAUACGUUCUCAAACGUCAACCACAUCAACCAUCACCUCUCCUCUCUACACGUGACCAACUGCUGACUAGCUAUGGUUUUGGAAUUGGCUCAAGAUCCAUCUCUCCUCGACAUUGCCUUUGGUUACAUUAA